AUGAACUACAAUUUGGAUGGCCUUACAUUAUUGAAUGGAAAUAAUGAUGGUAAUAACAACAAUAAAAAUAACAACAAUAGUAGAAGUUUUGGUAUAAUUGGCAGUGGUUUAUCCCAAGUAUCACCAUCAUCAUCAACAUCAACAAAUAGACAUUAUUCUCCAUCAUCAACUCCACCACAAAAUAAUAAUGAUAAAAUUAAUAAUGUAAGUGGUGGUAUUAAUAAUAAUAACGGUAAUACAAUAAAAAAUCAAACAAACUAUCAAAAUAAUAAUAAUAGUAAUAGUAAUAAUAAUAAUAAAAAUAAUAAUAAAAAUGAUAAAAUUGAUAGAGAGGGUUAUUAUGAUAAUUAUGCUGUAGAGAGAUUUGUAUAUGAAAAAACAAAUGACAAUGAUCAUACCAACUAUCACAUGAUAGUUAAUGAAUAUGGUUCAGCUGAUAUUCAACACAAUAUAGCCAGACGUGAACAACAUAUACUUACACCUGAUCUUGCAUUUUUGGCAACCAAUCCAUUAUUUUCACCAGGAACUUCAUCUUCCACACCUCACAAUACCUUUCAUCCAAGAGCUCCAUACAAUCCUAAUAAUAACAAUAAUAACAACCACCUAUCCAAUGACAAUAAUGGCCAAAAACAACAACAACAACAACAACAACAACAACAACAACAACAACAACAACAACAACAACAACAACAACAACAACAACAACAACAACAACAGCUUUUUAAACAGCAACAACAGCAACAACAAUUACAACUUCAACAACAAAGACUAUCAAAUUCUCAACAAUUAUAUUCUUCACCAAAUCAAAAUUAUUAUUCACCAAAAAAUUCAAAUGGUAGUGGUGCUCUAAAUAACCAUGAAAUUGAACAAAAACGAAAUAGUUAUGAUGGUUUUGGUAAUAAAACAUUAUUUUCAUCGUCAACAAGUACUCAUUAUCAAUCACCAAGUUCGCUUUCAAGUGCAGGUAGUUUAAAUUCACCAAAAAGCCAAGUUUCUAGAUUAAGUUCUAGUGAUAAUAACAUUAUUAGUAACUAUAGUAAUAAUCUAAUUGACUAUAAAAAUAUAAAUAUUCGUAGUAGUCAAGAUAAUAGUUAUUCCUCAAUUGGUUCUAGUAAUGAUAAUACUUUUAAUAAUAAACAACAUCAACAAAUUCAAGGAUAUCAACAACCACUUCAACAACCACUUCAACAACCACUUCAACCAGUUUACCAACUUAGUCAGCAAUCACAACAAAACCAGCAAAACCAACUUGCUCAACAAUCACAACAAAACCAACAAAACCAACAAAACCAACAAAACCAACAAAACCAACAAAACCAACAAAAUCAACAAAACCAACAAAAUCAACAAAACCAACAAAAUCAACAAAACCAACAAAAUCAACAAAACCAACAAAAUCAACAAAACCAACAAAAUCAACAAAACCAACAAAACCAACAAAACCAACAAAAUCAACAAUCACAACAAAACCAACAAAAUCAACAAAAUCAACAAAAUCAACAAAAUCAACAAAAUCAACAAAAUCAACAAAAUCAACAAAAUCAACAAAAUCAACAAAACCAACAAAACCAACAAAAUCAACAAAAUCAACAAAAUCAACAAAACCAAUAUAAAAAAUCUUAUUAUAAUAAUAAUAAUAAUAAUAAUAAUAAUAAUAAUAACAAUAAUAAUAAUAAUAAUAAUAAUAAUAAUAAUAAUAAAAUUAAUUAUAAUAAUUCACCACCACAAUAUCAACAACAAAUACAAUCUUCACCACCAACAUAUAAUAAAAGUAGAUCAAAUCCAAAUAUUACAAAACCAAUUACUAGUGAAACUAAAAUAGAAAAAGUUUCAAGAUCAUCACCAUCUCUUUCAAAAACUAAUGAGAUCAAUAGUUUACCUCCAACUACUCAAUUAGAAGAAAUUUGCAUGCAUAAUUUAUCAGUUAUUGAAGAGUCACCAAUAGAACAAGUAUCGAUUGUAAGAGAAGAACUUGAAUCAAUUCCUCUUCAAGAAGAGUCUGAUAUUGUUCAACCAAAAUCAAUAAUCUCUGAUGAUCCUUCAUUUAAACAAAUUAACCUUACAGAUGUAUUAAAUAAACAUUUAAUUAAAAAUUCAAUUGAAUUUUCAAAUAAUAAUAAUAAUAAUAAUAAUAAUAAUAAUAAUAAUUAUAAUAAUUAUAAUGAUGAAAGUAAUAAUAAUAAUAAUAUUAAUACAAAUGAAAUAAUUAAAUUAAAAAAUGAAUUAAAAAUUUCAAGUUCAAUUUCAAAUUCAAAAAAUCAAGAUAUCAUUCAAAGAGCAUUGGAUAAAUCUAGAUGUGAUAAAAAGAAAAUUCAAUCAAUCAUUCAAAAGUUAUUAUUGGCUCAAAAUAAAUUAUUAAAUAAAUUCUCUACUGAUUUAAUUAAUAAUAAAUUGGAAGUUGAAUUACCAAUCAUUGAAAAUGAAUCAAUUCAAGAUUUACCAGUAAAAAAUGAAGAGAUAAAUUUAAAUUUAGAAAAAGUUAUUAAUAAUCAACCAAAUGAAAUUCGACCAUUAUUAACAAAACAAAAUUUACUAAUUCGUCAAAAAUAUUUAUUAUCAACACAACAACCAAUUCAAAAAGCAACAAAUGUAAUAUUACAAUUAAAAUCAACAACAACGACAACAGCAGCAGCAUCAGCAGCAACAACAUUACCAACAACAACAACAACAAAAACUCAGCCACUUGAUCCAAAUAAAUUAGAAAAAGCAAAUUUCGUUCAAAGACCAAAAGAAUCACCUUCAAGAUAUUUAUUCAUAAAGAGUAUAAGAGGUAUUAAUCAUAAUUUAUUUAAAUCAAAGAUUGAAUCAAUUGGACAAAUUAAUUCAGUUUAUGGUUCAAUUAAAAAUAAAGGAGGAUUUUUAAUAAUCUCUUAUUUGGAUAUUCGUCAUUCAAUUGAAGCAUUUAACGAAUUGCAAAAGGUUGACUUUGGAAGUAAAUUGAUUGUAAAUUAUUGUUUUGAUAAGGAUCAAACUGUUGAUAAGGGAACAUUAAUAGCAACCUUUUCAAAUGAUGAUCAGAUAAAAAAUAUUGUAAAUGAUUUCAGUAAAUUUGGUGAAAUCAAAGAUAUUAGAGAUUCUCCAAAUAAACCACUUCAAAAGUUUGUUGAAUUUUAUAAUAUAAAUUCAACCUUAAAAGCUAUCAAUAAUUUAAAUUCAGAUAAAAUAAAAGUUGCAUUCUCUCAUCAUGGUGGUUCAAGUAAAGAUUUAAUAAAAUUAAAUUCAACAGAAGCUUUUAAUGUUACAACUCAUUAUUUCAAUGGUACUUAUUUACCAACGACAACAACAACAACAGCAACAGCAUCAACACCAACAUCAACACAAGUUAAUUCAAUCACAAAAUCACCAUCUUUUUCAAGAGUACCAGCACCUUUAUUAAUUAAAACAUCUCCACAAAUUAUUAAAUAUGUUACUGAUUAUGAUGGUGAUGUUAAUGGUUUUUUAUCUGCAAUUGUUAAUUUAACAAUUAAAAAAUUAGUUUCAAAAAAUAUUCAAAUCAAAAACUAUGUGGAUUUAUUUUUACAAACUUUCUUCUUAAAAACCUAUAAUACUUCAACAGUAACAGAAUCAACAACAACACCUCAAAAUGAUUUGACAAUUGUACCAAAUGAUUUUAAAGAAUUUUUACAAAUACAAUUAAAAAUUCAAAAAGAACAAAGUGAACAAUUAAAGAAUAAAGAUUUAAUUUCAACUCAACCUGAUUCAAUUACACCUAAAUUAUCAGUUUCUUCUUCUUCUUCUUUUUCUUCUUCUUCUUGUUCUUCUUCUUCAAAUGAUACAAAAAUAUCCGAAAUUGAUAAAAAUAAUAAUAAUAUUAACAAUAGCGAUAAUAAUAAUAUUAAUAAUAAUAAUAAUAAUAGUAAUAAUAAUAAUAAUAAUGAAAAUACCAAUAAUAGUGAAAUUAAAAACAAUCUUAUAAAUGAUAAUUUUGGUGAAAAUGAAAUUAAUUGUAGAGUUUCUGAAACUUCAAUUCAAAAUCAAAAAUCAACCCAACAAAAUCCAUUAAAUAACGAUAUUGGCAAUGAAAACUCUCAGCAACAGCCACAGCCACAACAGCAACAACAGCCACAACAACAAAACAAACCAGUUUUUUCUUACAAAUCAAAUGUUUUUAAUACUAAAAAUAAUAAUAAUAGUUAUAAUAAUUAUAAUAAUAAUAAUAAUUAUAAUAAUAAUUAUAAUAAUAAUUAUAAUAAUUUAAAUAAUAAAAAUCAACAUCGUUUCAAGCAUCAACUAUCUCAACCUCAUCAAAAUCAAUUUAAGAAGUAUCAACCAACAUGUAAUAAUAAUAAUAAUAAUAAUAAUAAUAAUAAUAAUAAUAAUAAUAAUAAUAAUAAUAAUAAUAAUAAUAAUAAUAAUAAUAAUAAUAAUAAUAAUAAUAAUAAUCAACAACAACAACAACAACAACAACAAAAACAUCAAUAUAAUCAAACAGCUUAUGAAGUUAGUAUACUUGAAAAUGAACAAGAACUUGAACAACUUGAAAGAAGAAGAAAAGAAUUGGAAUCAGAGAUUCAACAGCAAAAAGCACAACAAAAGAAUCAACAAAAGAAUCAAUUACAACAACAACAACCAAAAAAGAAUCAAAACAAUGGAACAUUAAGAAAUUCAACCAAUUCCAAAGGAAAGAAAGAAUUAAAAGAACCAAAGGAACCAAAAGAACCUGUAGAUCCAACUUGUAUUUUAAUUCCAGAGAAUAUAAUUAGUGGAGUUGAUACAAGAACAUCUUUAAUGAUUAGAAAUAUUCCAAAUAGAUUAACUCAACAAACUCUUACUGCCCUUAUUGAUGAAGAGUUUAAAGAUACUUAUGAUUUUUUAAAUAUGCCAUUAGAUCCUCAUACAAAAGUAAGUCGGGGUUAUGCAUUUAUUAAUUUCAAAGAUCAUAUGAAUGUUUACCGAUUCCAUCAGAAAUUUUUCCAUACACGUUGGAAGAAUUAUAAUCAUGAUAAGAUUUGUGAAAUUAAUUAUGCAAUUAUUCAAGGUGAAGAGGCCCUGUUACAAUCAAUAAAAAAGAAACAAGAGAAACUACAACUUAAAAAAGGUAUUACUUCAAAUGACGAAAACUCGGCAUCUGAAGAAAAGCCAAAUGAAUCUUUAUAA